UUCCAUCAGCCGCUGGGUUUGUGCUGGCGGCUGGUACGUCGGAGAAGAUUGUGUUUGCUGCAGUGUCCCUCGCCGGGGUCUGGCGUGGUGUGCCGGGAGACUAAGAAAAGAAGGGGUAGAGUAAGUGUUCCCCUUGGCCGCUUGAGUCGAAGCUAGAGUAUUUCCUUCCUGCCAGGCAAGUGCCCAUAGGAACCGGACCCCGCCCCCUUCCCGGCCUAGACUCCCUCUCCCCUCCCUGUCCCUUUCCCACUGGGGAUCUUUUCGUUUCCUCUUGUUCUGCCUGCGAACCCCCGCCGAGGUCAUGAAGCUCGUGAGAAAGGACAUUGAGAAAGACAAUGCGGGCCAGGUGACUCUAGUCCCCGAAGAACCUGAGGAUAUGUGGCACACCUACAAUCUAGUGCAGGUGGGCGACAGCUUGCGUGCCUCCACCAUCCGCAAGGUACAGACCGAGUCCUCCACGGGCAGCGUAGGAAGCAACCGGGUCCGCACUACUCUCACUCUCUGCGUGGAGGCCAUCGAUUUUGACUCUCAAGCCUGCCAGCUGCGGGUUAAGGGGACCAACAUCCAAGAGAAUGAGUAUGUCAAGAUGGGGGCUUACCACACCAUUGAGCUGGAGCCCAACCGCCAGUUCACUUUGGCCAAGAAACAGUGGGACAGUGUGGUUCUGGAGCGCAUCGAGCAGGCCUGUGACCCAGCCUGGAGUGCAGAUGUAGCGGCUGUGGUGAUGCAGGAAGGCCUCGCCCAUAUCUGCUUAGUCACUCCCAGCAUGACCCUCACUCGGGCCAAGGUGGAGGUGAACAUCCCUAGAAAACGGAAAGGGAACUGUUCUCAACAUGACCGGGCUUUGGAGCGGUUCUAUGAACAGGUGGUCCAGGCUAUCCAGCGCCACAUAAACUUUGAUGUUGUGAAGUGCAUCCUGGUGGCCAGCCCAGGAUUUGUGAGGGAGCAGUUCUGCGACUACAUGUUUCAACAAGCAGUGAAGACCGACAACAAAGUGCUCCUGGAAAACCGGUCCAAGUUUCUUCAGGUACAUGCCUCCUCUGGACACAAGUACUCCCUGAAAGAGGCCCUUUGUGACCCUUCUGUAGCUAGCCGCCUUUCAGACACUAAAGCUGCUGGGGAAGUAAAAGCCUUGGAUGACUUCUAUAAAAUGUUACAACAUGAACCUGACCGAGCGUUUUAUGGACUCAAGCAGGUGGAGAAGGCCAAUGAGGCUAUGGCAAUUGACACAUUGCUUAUCAGCGAUGAGCUUUUCAGGCACCAGGAUGUCGCUACACGAAGCCGGUAUGUGAAGCUGGUGGACAGUGUGAAAGAGAACGCAGGCACGGUUAGGAUAUUCUCUAGUCUUCAUGUAUCAGGGGAACAGCUCAGUCAGUUGACUGGAGUAGCUGCCAUUCUCCGCUUCCCUGUCCCUGAACUCUCUGACCAAGAAGAUGAUUCCAGUUCUGAAGAAGAUUAAUGAUUGGACCUUAUAACUGAUAAAAGCUGUGUCUCCAUUGUCACAUUUUCUUAGCAUCCUGACAGAAAGCUGCAAGGCACCUUGUGAUUCUUACAGGGAUUUCUCAUGUAUUUGGCCACACUAGGUAUUUUGUGAUUGGCAGGACAUGUGUUCAGACUAAAUAAAUUAAAAGGAAAUAAUCACCAUGUGCUA